AUGGCAGACGCAAUCACUGGCAGUGUUACGGAUCAAAUCGAUCUAGGGAAGCACAAUGAAGAGAUCCUUCCUCUGCUAGAUGAGGAUUUAGAAGCACAAGUAGUGGCAGAAGGUGGAUUUACGUGGCAUCUAGACGAUUGGUCACAAUUAACUGGUGACAAGUAUGUUUCUCCGAGGUUUAAGAUCGGAGAGUUUGAGUGGGACAUAUUGUUAUUUCCACAAGGGAACCAGAACAGGAGUCUGGCGGUUUAUUUGGAGCCACACGCAGAUGAAAGAUUGAAUACAGAGACUGGUGAAAGUGAGCUGGUGAAUCCUGACUGGUUCUGUUGUGCCCAGUUCGCCAUUGUGCUUUCAAGGCCGGAUGAGGACGAUAAAGUGCAUCUAAUCAACACUUCCCAUCAUAGGUUCAAUUCAGUGGAUACAGAUUGGGGGUUUGCCAAUUUCAUUGAUUUAGCUUACUUGAAAUAUCCAGCUAAAGGAAGAGUCUCUGGUAUAUUGAACAAGGGAAGACUAAACGUCACAGCGUACGUGCGAAUCGUUAAGGAUCCUACUGGAGUGCUUUGGCAUAACUUCAUCAAUUAUGACUCCAAGAAGGUGACUGGCUAUGUAGGGUUCAGAAAUCAAGGUGCUACUUGUUAUUUGAACUCCUUGUUGCAGUCGUACUAUUUCACCAAGUAUUUUAGAAGGCUAGUAUACCAAAUACCCACGGAAGGCGAGAAUCCAAAUGAUAGUGUCACAUUGGCCCUGCAGAGGGCUUUUUAUCAGUUGCAGGUUUCCCAGUUCCCACUCGACACUAUGGAGCUGACAAGAUCAUUUGGUUGGGAUAACGCUGAAGCGUUUACACAACACGAUGUACAGGAACUGAAUAGGAUCUUGAUGGACAGAUUAGAGACACGGAUGAAGGGGACUUCUGUUGAGGGAAAGAUCAACGAACUGUUCGUGGGAAAAAUGAAGAGUUAUAUUAGGUGCAUUAACGUCGAUUAUCAGUCGGUUAGAACCGAGGAUUUCUGGGAUAUUCAACUGAAUGUGAAGAAUAUGAGAGAUCUGCAAACUUCUUUCGAGAAUUAUAUCGAAGUUGAACUCAUGGAUGGUGAAAAUCAGUAUGCCGCCCAGGGGCAUGGCCUACAAGACGCAAAGAAAGGUGUGGUCUUUGAAUCCUUCCCACCGGUGUUGCAUUUGCAGCUGAAAAGGUUUGAGUACGACUUUAAUUAUGACCAGCUGAUCAAGGUUAAUGACCGCUACGAAUUUCCAGAUUCCAUUGAUUUGGCCCCAUAUAUGGAUAGUGAAGCACUGGAGCAAAAUCCGGGGCCGAAGAUUUAUAAACUGCAUGGUGUCCUGGUACACACUGGAGAUAUCUCGACCGGUCAUUACUACACCCUAAUAAAACCAAGUACAAAGGACGAAUGGUACCGUUUUGAUGAUGAUAGGGUUUGGAGGGCUACCAAGAAGCAAAUUUUUGAUGAUAACUUUGGGUUCGAUAGGUUACCAGAUGAGAAGAUUCGCACGAUGACCAGGGAGCAGUACCAGGAUUACUUGAUCCAACGCCAUACUAAUGCGUAUAUGCUCGUCUAUAUUGCUGAAGAGAAAGAAGAAGAAAUUCUUCAGCCUGUAACAGAAGCGGAUGUUCCAGAAUAUGUUGUCACCAAGGUUAGGGAAGAGAACAAAGAGCGUGAGUUGAGAGAAAAAGAGAUCCGUGAAGCUCAUUUGUACACAAACAUUCGGAUCAAUUCUCUGAAGAAUUUCACUCAUUACCAGGGUUUUGACACUGCACCCAACGUUCGUUCAUCACUUUACUCUCCAGAGCUGUACGCGGAAGAUACUUUACCUAUCACUCUAAAAGUUUCGUGCAAGGCAUACAUGAAAGAUAUCUACAAGAAGAUAAAUGAGCAGCUAAACAUACCUCAUGGCAGGAAUGUGAGAUACUGGAAAAUGGGUUACCGUAGAAAUGGAACUUUGCGUUUAGAAGAACCUCUUCCGCUGGCGUUUGAAGAAAUGACAUUAGAAGAGACUUUUGAAAACGAAAGUUCAGGGAAGGUUCCUUCACUAAAUGUGUUUGUUGAAGAGCCUUAUUUGGAGCUCGGGUUUUUGCAUAAAUUAAAGAAGUCAGGCGCAUUUCCCUCAGUGGAAAAUAAUGACGAGCUCAUUGAUAACUUCAGGAACAGCAUCUCAUCCAUAGUUUCACCAGACAAUAUUCCAACAGUUAAGGAUGAUGAUAAUUACCAAGUGAUAUUCCUGAAACAAUUUGAUCCUCUACAACAAUCUUUGAUGGGCUAUUCUUAUUGUGUGGUGAACCAGCUGGACGACAUAUCUAAACUAUCGCAGAUUGUCAGUGAAUUCAUUGGUUCAUCUCAACCCGUGCAGUUUUACGAAGAACUUCAACCAGGGGCAAUUGAACCCAUAUCUCUGAAGGAGAAGUUUUAUACGGCAGAACUCUCCUCGGGUGAUAUACUUACGUUUCAAACCCCUGAGUCAAGUCUUCCCGACAGUUUUCCAAUUUACAAAGACUUGAAGUCGUUUUACGAAUACUUAAGGAAUAGAACUAAGCUUGUCUUCACGAAAGCUGAAAGUCCAAGCGAGGAAUACGUGGUAGAAAAUAUAGAAUCUGAAAAUUUCGAAUUCUGGAUAUCAACCAAGGCAAGCUACUCGGAUGUCGCAAGAGUUGUGUCACAAUACACUGGUGUUCAACCAGAGUACCUAAAGAUUUUUGCCGUUUAUGCCAAUGGGAGAUUUCCCAUGAAAUCGGAUUCUCCGUUAAGUGACUACAUCAUUAGAGAUUACAAUUCAGACUUGAAGCCAUUAUUCGAGUAUGAAGUCCUCUCGAUUCCUCUCAAAGAGCUGGAGCAUUUGAGGUCCUUGAAAUUUUAUUGGUUGAAUGAUAGCUAUAUUCACUUUCAAACUUACGAAUUCAAGGUAACAGAGACUUGCACCGUGAAGGAAUUUCUGGAUAAGGUUCAAGCCAAAAUUGGUUUUUCCGAUAAAGAUAAAGGAAACAUUCUUCUAUGGACUAAUUACAACUUUCAAUUCAGGGGUAUACUAUCAGAAAACAGCACUAUGAAAAGUGUUAGUAAAUCUGUGUUGUUAUUUGGACGAAUACUCCCGGAAGAGCUCAAGUUGGUAAAACAGUUAGACACUCUGUCUAAUGCUGACGAAGAUUCGAUGGAUGAUGACGAAGAGGAUCUUGGGGUUAAAGUGAACGGUCCAAAAACUGAACUGCAAGGUUGUGUCGUGAUGGUCGCCCAAUACUUCAAAGACAUAGAGAAUAGACAUGGUAUCUCCUUCUUAUUCAAGUUAGUACCAAACGAGCCUUUUCCACAAACCAGGGCUCGAUUGCAUGAAAAAUUCGGCCUGGGACAAAGGGAGUUUGCCAAAAUACAUUUAGCCAUUUCCUUUGCAACCCCGACUGGAUCGUCCUUCAGGUCCUUGGAAGGUUAUUCCAAGGAAGAGUUGGAGAAACUCGUUCUCUUCAAUGUGAUGAGUAACCUAGAUUGCAUUUACAUGGAUCAUCCUGACAGAUUGAGAUCACAAAGCUCCCAUGAUAGACCGAUGGUUAUCAAAAACUAA